AUGGUGGAAGAGCAGGCGUAUUCUGUGACAACAGAUACAAUUACAUAUGUUGAGUAUACUGCGCUGGGAAAAGCACUCUAUAGCAUGGUCUCGUUUGUCGAAGGCUACGAUCAGCACAUGCUGGGCAUGUGUAUGAGGGCAUUUGAGUUGACUUUGGGUCUUUCCCAGGCUCAGCUAUCCAUGAUGGUAACCGUGUCUAAUAUGUCUCGCUUAGGUUGCUGUCUAAUUUGGGGAUUGCUGGCAGAUAAGUUCAAAUCGAACCAUGUGUUUUCAGCAGGCCUUUUGUUGAUGGGCAUGGCUUCGAUUGUGCUGAGUUCUGCAUCUCAGUAUAUAUCAAUUCUGUUUUUGCGCUUCAUACACGGUUUUGCGUUCGCCUGUAUCUACCCCGUUCAACAAAAAAUCGUUGCAGAAGAAUUUAGCGAUCCAUGUUCCAACCUUGUAUUCGGCAUAAUGCAGGCCCUAAAUUGCAUUGGGAGUCUCUUAUGCGCAAUCAUAACCACGCGCAUUGCACCCAAAAUAUUGUUGGGAUAUUAUGGCUGGCGUACUUCUUACCUUGUUUUGGGGUACGUAUGGAUAAUAUUUGGUAUAGCGAUUGUAUUUGGAAUGACAAGUGAGAAAUGUGGGAAUAAUGGUAUGUGCACUGCCAAACCCAAGACCAACAUGAAAGAGGUUAUAGAUGGAGCCUUUUUAGCUGUUUUUAAUUGUCGGACAGCUGGGGUAUCUAUCUUUACCCUAUUCGUAGCAGAAACUCCAAUGUGCGCGUUUUCCUAUAUGACCAUCUAUCUGCAGUAUCUGGGAGUGUCAGACACCAUGGCAGGCGUUGCCGUGGCGGCGACACUGAUUGGAGGUGCAGUAGGAAGCGGAGUCGGUGGUUUGAUUUUUAAGCACAUUGCGGAAAAAUACGACAGAUGUGGUGAACUUUGUUCCGGCAUUGCAGUGCUGGUCAUCCGACUAGUUGUUUGCGUAUUAUUCUUCGUAUGGAGGCCACCAUCUGGUCCUUUGCUGUGGUACCAUUAUGUGGAAUUAUCAGCGUUUGGUGGCACAUUGGUAACGGUUGGUGGUGUAGACAGGGCCCUUUUGAAGAAAGCAAUCGAAGAAAAGUGUCAAGGCACUGCAGCCGCAGCGAUUAGAACCAUAUCAGGAAUAGCAAGUAGUCUGAUUCUCUUCCAGGUUUCCGCAUAUUUGUCCGAAAAGGUGUUUGGCUAUGUUCCUUCGAGGGAGCCCUUAGAGACGAUGCAAAUGGCUGUUAAACAUAGAAAUGCGGAAGCUCUUAGGCAGUCAAUGAUGUAUAUUAUUUUGUCAGGCACUAUCCUCAAUGUUUUGUGUUAUAUUACAUUGAUAUGUUGCUUGCCUUCAAAAAAACGACAAACGUCAGAGGAGAAAUGA